GGGGGAGGACGCGGGGCGGGCGGCGGAGCGCGGCGAAGGGAGGCCCAGAAAGUAGCAGAAAGUGAGGCUGGCAGCGGCGGCAGGAAGUCUGCGUGCCCGAGCCGAGCCCACAUCGGAGCCGGGCAGGGCCGGCGGCGAGAGCGAAAGAGGAAACUGCGGGCGAGGCAGCGCCCCCCGCGCCCCGCGCCCCGCACCCGCCGCCCGUGCGCCCCCGGCCCCGCGCGCCCCCCGCUGCAAUGGCCCGGGAGAACGGCGAGAGCAGCGCGUCCUGGAAGAAGCAAGCCGAGGACAUCAAGAAGAUCUUCGAGUUCAAGGAGACCCUGGGAACGGGGGCGUUUUCCGAAGUGGUCUUGGCUGAAGAGAAGGCGACGGGAAAGCUGUUUGCCGUGAAGUGCAUCCCCAAGAAGGCGCUGAAAGGCAAGGAAAGCAGCAUAGAGAACGAGAUCGCAGUGCUGAGGAAAAUCAAGCAUGAAAACAUCGUGGCCCUGGAAGACAUCUAUGAAAGCCCAAACCACCUGUACCUGGUCAUGCAGCUUGUGUCUGGCGGGGAGCUGUUCGACCGCAUCGUGGAGAAGGGCUUCUACACGGAGAAGGAUGCCAGCACGCUCAUCCGCCAGGUGCUGGACGCCGUCUACUACUUGCACAGGAUGGGCAUCGUGCAUCGAGACCUCAAGCCCGAAAACCUGCUGUACUACAGUCAGGACGAGGAGUCGAAGAUCAUGAUCAGCGACUUCGGCCUGUCCAAGAUGGAGGGCAAAGGUGACGUCAUGUCCACGGCCUGCGGCACUCCAGGCUACGUGGCUCCCGAGGUCCUUGCCCAGAAGCCCUACAGCAAGGCUGUGGACUGCUGGUCCAUCGGGGUGAUCGCCUACAUCCUGCUCUGCGGCUACCCCCCCUUUUACGAUGAAAAUGACUCGAAGCUCUUUGAACAGAUCCUCAAGGCUGAAUAUGAGUUUGAUUCUCCCUACUGGGACGACAUCUCUGACUCCGCCAAAGACUUUAUCCGGAACCUGAUGGAGAAAGACCCCAAUAAAAGAUACACGUGUGAGCAGGCGGCUCGGCACCCCUGGAUCGCUGGUGACACGGCUCUCAAUAAAAACAUCCACGAGUCUGUCAGCGCACAGAUCCGGAAGAACUUCGCCAAAAGCAAGUGGAGACAAGCAUUCAACGCCACGGCGGUGGUAAGGCACAUGCGGAAGCUUCACCUGGGCAGCAGCCUGGACAGCACCAGCGCCGGCGUCUCGGGCAGCCUCAGCCUGGCCAGCCAGAAGGACUGCCUGGCCCCGUCCACGCUCUGUAACUUCAUCUCCUCCUCGACGGGGGUCUCUGGAGUGGCAGCGGAGCGGAGACCCCGGCCCACCACUGUGACCACAGCGCACUCUGGGGGCAAGUGACCGGCUCUGGGAGCGGCCCGCCGCCUGGAGCGCCCCCACCUGCAUGGCGCCCGCCUGCCCGGACUGGAAGACGUUUUUUAUGGCCAUAUUUUAUACUGCGACUCUGGUGUCCAUUUCUCAC